CAGCACGCGAGCGGCGCGACAGUGCGGGCAAGGGCUCCGCAGCCCGCCGCAGCCGCCGCCUCGCCGCKGCCCAGUUGGAGGACGUCGCGGCGGGCGCGCGGCCUGUGAGGGCGGCUAGAGCGGCGGGCGCGGCGCGGCGCCAGCGUCCUGUCAGGCGGCGGAGGGCGCCGCGGACCGCGCCGCGAUGAUGCCGAUGAUAUUAACCGUGUUCUUGAGCAACAAUGAACAGAUUUUAACAGAAGUUCCUGUAACACCAGAAACAACCUGUCGAGAUGUUGUAGAAUUUUGCAAGGAGCCUGGAGAAGGCAGUUGUCAUUUAGCUGAAGUGUGGAGGGGAAAUGAGCGUCCUAUACCUUUUGACCACAUGAUGUACGAGCACUUGCAGAAGUGGGGUCCUCGCAGGGAAGAAGUGAAAUUUUUUCUUCGACAUGAGGACUCCCCAGCCGAGAACAGUGAACAAGGUUAA